AUGGCUAUUGCGGGAUGGAAAUGGGUGCUGGGACCUGGGUUUGGACGGGGUGCCCGUAAGCAAGGCAAGGCGAGAAACAACAAGGUACGGGGAGAUAUCGAUAGCAACUUGGGAAUAGAGAGUUUGAGCCUUGAAGGUCUUUGGCCGUAG